UUAUCCAGGAAGUAAAAAAACAUCAACAAUCCUUCCAGGUUGGGCGAAGUAUCGGGUAGCCUUUAGCUGGGUGGCCUUUCAGGAGCCUGCGUUUCUCCUAAGCUCUGUUUUAUUUUUUCGCAUUUUUAAGCGAGAGCUCCUUUGUAGCCCAGACAUGUCGUUGUUCGGCAAGAUAUUUGGAGGAGGAGGAAAAGGGGGAAAGGGACCGAGUCCACAGGAGGCGAUCCAGAAACUCCGUGAAACGGAGGAGAUGCUAACGAAGAAACAGGAAUUUUUAGAGAAAAAAAUCGAACAGGAGCUGCAGAUUGCCAAGAAAAACGGCACAAAAAACAAAAGAGCCGCCCUGCAGGCUUUGAAAAGAAAGAAGAGGUACGAGAAACAGCUGGCCCAGAUCGAUGGCACCCUGUCCACCAUCGAGUUCCAGAGGGAGGCACUGGAAAACGCCAACACCAACACGGAGGUGCUGAAGAACAUGGGCUUUGCUGCCAAGGCCAUGAAGUCUGCCCAUGAAAAUAUGGACAUUGACAAAGUGGACGACCUCAUGCAAGACAUUACGGAGCAGCAGGAGCUGGCUCAGGAAAUCUCUGACGCCAUUUCUAAACCCGUUGGCUUUGGAGAAGAGUUUGAUGAGGAUGAGCUGCUGGCAGAGCUGGAUGAGCUGGAACAAGAGGAGCUGGACAAAAACCUGCUGGAGAUCGGAGGACCAGAGAACGUCCCCCUCCCCAACGUGCCUUCUACUUCAUUACCUUCCAGACCUGCCAAGAAAGAAGAAGACGAGGACGACAUGGAGGACCUGCAGCGCUGGGCGGAGGCCAUGUAAACGCAGCAUCCCUUCACAUCACACCUGCAUCUGAGCGAGGAAAGAGGAAGGAGCAACAUAUGGAAUGAACUGAUUGGAUGUUGAGUGUUUCUUUUUUGUGUGUCUGAGGAGAGCUGACAUUGUGUAACACUACAAAAUAGGAAACAAUGCUGUACUUUUUUUUCCUCCCUUCUUAUUUUCUUCUGUUAUCACCCCCAAAAAAUGGAACUUUGAGACCCAUUGCCUCUUAUUGCUAACUUAUGAGGGUCUCAGAGUCACCUAGACAUUUUUUAUCCUUGAUUUUUAAACCAACCCAUCAAUGGUCCCCAAAGCAGGCAGGAUCAUUUCAAUAGAAGUAGCGUUUGUUUCAAGCGACGUGCUGCAGAGAUCUGAUGAUGUUUAGAACAUCAGAAUUUUCACUAAAGCUAAAUCCUUAUGGUUCUUGCUCCAAAAUAUGUAUUUGUCUUGUUGAUUACCUAAAUGUUUUUGUUGUUUUUUUUUUUUCCUUAAUUCCUUUAUUUACCUUUAUUUGUUUCCUAAUUGCUCUUUAACCAGAAGCAUGCAGAGGGUGAGGAUUCUGCAGAUUCUGCGUGUGUUUGCAAAAAGCAUAACCUCAUAUUUUGUGUGAAGCUGCAGGGCUCUGACCUUUCUCUUUACCUCCUGUCAUUCGUUUUAGCCUCAGAAGGCAUCCUCACCAGUGAUUCUUGUUAUUUGGUGUAAAUAUCUCAACUGUAUCUCUUUUUCAUAUGAAGUUUUCGAGAGGUUCGGGCUGAAUUCGUGCAAAGCAUGCAGACAUGGGAAGUCACAAUACAGAUCACUCCGCACGGCUUUUGAAGGGAGAAGCUUAACCCAACAACUCUCAUCCUACUCUCUCUGUCCUUAUAAGGGUUUUGUUUCAGAUUGUAUAUUGUUAAAAAUAAUAAUAGUUAUAAUAAACUUUUGUCACAACUUAUGAGUUGCAUCCAGAUGGAAAUGGGGAUUUCAGAUUUCCUAUCUGCAAUCCACAACAGCUGCAGUUUGGAGACGAAAGGAUUCAUUUUUGAAGUCACAUGUUUUUUUUUUGUUUUUUUUUCAUUAAAUAGAAAAGAAAAUUCAAGGAGAGAUGGAGAAAGCAUGUCUGCAUUUCUAUGUUUUAUUUAUCCAGAUGAGAAUAUUAUUUGCAGAAUCAUUAAAAGUUUACAGAUCCUUUACUGUUGUGGAAGCUUUAUCUUUAUCAAGUGUUUAUUGACACUUUUUUAUUCUUAUUCUCCAUCUUUGCAGAUGGAGAUUAUGGCUGUAAAUGAGGACCAUUAAACAGUUAAUAACCCAAUGAUUUUGAAUAUACAGAUCACUUAAAGCUCUUUACAUUUUAAGUCACAUUAAUUCACCCUUCAAUAACAAUGAAUAUUUUUUGUGUGCAACCAGUGAAUGUACAAUCAACAUCUUAAUACUAAAUACUUGGUGUAGAUUAAAUCUCUUCCUGUAUCAAUCAGUCGUUAAUAUCAUUGAUAACUGUUUUUUUUUUCUUUUUCAAAUGAUUUUUUCAAGCUUUUCAAACCAACCUUUGCAGAAAAGUAACAUUGGGGCCUUUUUACCCAUAACAUUAUAUGGUUUUGUCACCACAUUUGAAUCACAAGUAGGUCGAUUUAAUCGAUUUUGAAUCGAUUCCUUUACAUUUUUGCAAAAUCAAUGUCUAGGGAAUGAGAUCGAUUAUUUUUAUAGUGAUGCGCGUGACGGUCACAUUCAAAUGAGCAGGAAAGAUGCAGUCAAGAUGACUUCAAGCCAGACAGCUAUAUAUAUAGCCAAUAGGUUGACUGAAGACAUUAUCAAAUGGGGUCUGACCAGCAAACACCCUGUAUAAUUGUUACAGACAUCGCUGCCAAUAUGGUUUGUGCAGUGGAGAUAAUGCAGCUCAUGCAUGUCUGCUGUGUCCCCGAUGUGUCAGGUCUGCUUGCUCGUGUGAUGCUUCACUUUUCACAAACAAGUUUGCAUUUUUGAGACAUUUUUAUUCACAUCUCAAGUUUAAACUGUCCGAUUUACAAGUUUGCACUUUGUGUUUGAUAUGACAGGAAAAAAUAA